GGCAACGCCAAGCUGCCCGUGUCGUCCGCUGGCGCCAUCCAGUUUUGGCAGCAGGAGCCGGCGGCGGGUGGGUCCCUCGGCAAGAAGGCCCUCGCCAUGCUGGACCAUGGCCGCGGCGGGUCCGGGUCCGGAGGAGCUACGUGCCAGGACUGCGGCAACCAGGCGAAGAAGGGCUGCGCGCACAGCCGCUGCCGCACGUGCUGCAACAGCCGUGGCUUCGAGUGUGACACCCAUGUCAAGAGCACCUGGGUGCCCGCCGCGCGCCGCUGGGAGCGCCUGCAGCUCGCGGGUGGCGCCGGCGCCGGCGCCACUGCCUCCCCUCCUUCACUCGCGCCGACCACGACCAAGAGACCCCGCCUCGCGUGCCCGACCCCCACGAGGACGACCAACUCUCGCGCUUCCACCUCCAACGCCACCACGCCUCGCAGCUUCGACACAUCCUCGAGCCACCAAGACGCGUCGUUCAAGGACAGCCUUCCGCGGCAGGUGCGCGGGCCGGCGGUGUUCCGGUGCGUGCGGGUAACGUCCGUGGACGACGGCGGCGGCGGCGGCACCAACGGCGAGGUCGCGUACCAGGCGGCGGUGACCAUCAACGGGCACCUGUUCAGGGGCCUCCUGUACGACCACGGCGCCGAAGACGCCGUAAUGCCCACCGCGUCCGACCUCAACCUCAGGAGCACCAGGGCCCCCCGCUCAUCCUCGGCGGCCUGGGCUACGGUAACACACCAUGAACUGAUCUGAUCGAUGGGUCAUUUUGACUGCAAGCAGUAGUGCAGUAGCUCAGUUUCAUGUUACUGACAAUGUUGCCAUGUGUUGUGGCAAUGGAGUCCUUGUUGCCAUCAGGAGGAAAGUGCAUCUUUGUAAAAAGAAAAAGUGGAAAGUCGAAAGUGGGAACUCGUAGACACAGCGCUGGGAUUGUUGGCAUUUGCAACAAGUGAAUUUGUG